AUCUAGAUCUAAUCUAGAUCUAGAAUUCUAGAUCUAGUUCUAGAUUCUAAGUCUAAUUGACUAAUUGGAGUUAUUUCUCAUUUUAUUUAGACAAAAGUAUCUCUGACUAGGAUGGAGAAUAAAGAGUGUUAUAUCAAUCCAAAAGUAGGCAAUAACUUACAAAACAAGAUUUUAAAUGAAGUCUUUAUCGAUUUAACUGACAUUGAGACCAUUGAUUUAACAGUAGAUGACAUUCCUGAUUUCAAGUCUGGGAAAAAUAAUAAUUCACUCCUGACUUCAUUUACCAUUGAAAGUCUCUCCUCUAGGGAGUUACCAGUGUUUAAUUUUAAUUGCACGCUGUGUAAUGUCAAGCUCCCUAGCUUUGCCAGCUACAGACACCAUUUACACUUGCAUGAGGAGAAGAAAGAUUUCACAUGCAAAGUUUGUUAUCAAAUCUGCGCUGACAGUUUUUCUUUGAGGCGUCAUGAAUCCUUACACGCACAGUUGAUAAGCAAUGCAGCUGAGGAAUGCACUAAAGAUAUAAGUUUUGAGUGUGAUGUGUGUCUAAAAAAAUGUUCAACUCAACAUGAUUUGAGUCAGCAUAAACAAAUACACCCAGGAACAGUGAGUUUUCUCCAUGAUGCUAGUCCUGAAAAAAACAUUAAUAAUACUCCUAAGAUAAAACAACUUCAUACUGGAAAAAGAUCAUUCAAAUGUGAUUUUUGUCCUAAAUUGUUCAUUUCUAAAUAUUUGUUUUUAUAUCAUAAAAGGUUGCAUAGCAAUAUUAAGCCAUUUCAAUGUAAUGUGUGCUGUAAGAAAUUUAACUGGAAAUGUCAUUUUAUUCAGCACAAGAAGACACAUAAUAUAAAGAACUCAUUUAAGUGUGGUAUGUGUCUCAGAAGGUUUAAAAUGCUAUACAUGCUAAUAAAGCAUAGACAUCUGCACACUCCAGAAAAAGCAUUUGCUUGUGAUUUGUGUUCUAGAAAUUUUAAUAAUAAGCACCAUUUAAGAUGGCACAGGAAGCUGCAUGACAGGGUUAAAUCAGUCAUGUGUGAUCAGAAACUUGAAAGACUGGAAGAUGACCAUGAACAAAAUCCUACAAUAAAGACACAAAAUGGACGUGAUUUUUAUCUUAAAGUCAGUACUCAAAUUGGUAGUUUAACUAAACAUAAAAAAGUGCAAACAGGUGAAAAGCCUUUCAAAUGUUUUUUCUGCUCUAAAAGUUUUUAUUCUAAUCAUAACCUUAACAAGCAUUUAGAAAAUCAUUCAGAAGAAAAAUUAUUUGAGUGUCAAUUAUGUUGUAAGACAUUUCAUUUCAACAUCCAUUUAAAACAGGCAAAAAGUUUAAAAGGUUUCAAAUGCGAUCUCUGUAAUAUAGUUUUAUUUUACAAGCAUGAAUUAGUAAGUCACCACCUAGGCCACAUAGGGAGGACGACUUACACAUGUAAUCUGUGUAAGAAAGUUUUUGCUUUCAAGAAAUGUUUCGAUGAACAUGAGCGACUUCACAUCAGGGUCAGAGAGAGAUUGUUUCAGUGUGUUAAGUGUUACCAUAAUUUUUUUCAUCUCAAGUUCUUAAAAGAACAUAAAAAACUCCAUACAGCUGAUUGCCAGUUUGAAAGCCAAGACUGUCUAAGAAAAUAUCUUAGCAAUAAUAAUUUAACUCAACAUCAACAAAAAAAUUCACAACUUAAUCUUCAUAAAAAAAAUUACAGAAAUUUAAGAAAAGGACGGUUUGAAAAGUUUGACUGUCCCAAGUGUAAAUGGUAUUUUGUUACCGAACAAGCAUUAAUGGAGCAUGAGCAAGCUUAUUCAAAAUUUGAAUGUGGCGUGUGCCAUCGGCAUUUCAAAACAAAAAAAGUUUUACAGAGACAUAAAAAGCUUCACCCAGAAAAAUCGCAGUUUGAAUGUCAAGUGUGCAUUAAAAAAUUUCUUAACCAGACAGAUUUAACACAACAUGAACUAGAGUUCUCACAGUAUGUUUGCGAUUUGUGCUGUAUGCAUUUUAAAACACAAUUAUAUUUAUAUUACCAUAAACGGAGUCAUCUUAAACUGGGACAGUUUAGAUGUGCUAAAUGUAGACACUAUUUUUUUAACAAACAAGACUACAUUCUUCAUGAAUUUCAGUAUUCACAAUUUGAGUGUGAUGUGUGCUCUAAACAUUAUAGAACACAAAGGAAUUUAAUCAUUCAUAAAAGAACUCAUUGAUGGUGUCAAAAAUUAAGUAUCAUUGCAAAGGCAUUCAAAUGUUACUGGUAAACAAUGUGACCGCAUAUUAGAACAUAUUCUUAAAGCAUAAGGUU